CGCGCUGCGGCGUGCCGAGAUCCAGAUUCAAAACACCAAAAUCGGCGUAAGCUUUUGGCGGAUUUGAGCUGCAGACGGCAACGCAGGUCGCUGCAAAUGUCGCGUAAACUACAAGGAAAACAUCAACGAAAGGCGAAGAAACCAAGAAAAGAGUCUUCGAAGGUUAUUGAUGCGGACGGCUCGCAAGACAGGAAGCGACGCAGAUACAAGCCGGGAACGCUUGCCCUCAAAGAAAUAAGAAAAUUCCAAAAAAGCACCGAACUCUUGAUACGCAAAGCGCCAUUUUGCCGCCUCGUACGGGAAAUUUCUAAUGAAGUUUCACCAGAGCCCUUUCGUUACACGGCGGAGAGCCUUUUGGCGAUUCAAGAAGCUACGGAGGACUUCCUCGUUCACCUUUUUGAAGACUGCAACCUGUGUGCGAUUCAUGCAAAACGUGUAACCAUAAUGCCUAAAGAUCUCCAGCUUGCUCGGCGAAUUCGAGGUCCCAUAUAUGGUGUCUCGGCCUAUUAGCAUUAGGUGCAAGUUAAUACCAAUAGAUUUUGCAGGAAUC